AUGCAGGUUCGCCACAGAAACACAGUCGAGCGCCUUGACAGGCCAAGCGCAUACUACCACAACAGGGACCCCCUCGCGAACGCCACGACCCUCUACGUCGGCAACCUCUCCUUCUACACCACCGAGGAGCAGGUCUACGAGCUCUUCUCAAAGUGUGGCGAGAUCAAGCGCCUCGUCAUGGGCCUCGAUCGCUUCAACAAGACCCCUUGCGGCUUCUGCUUCGUCGAGUACUACACCCACCAGGACGCCCUCGACUGCAUGAAGUAUAUUGGCGGAACCAAGCUCGACGAACGCGUCAUCCGCACCGAUCUCGACCCCGGCUUCGAGGAAGGGCGGCAGUACGGCCGCGGCAAGAGCGGAGGGCAGGUACGCGACGAGUACCGGGAGGACUAUGACGAGGGACGCGGCGGGCUGGGCAGGGCAAUCCAGAUGCAGAGGGACCGGGACGACCGAAUGGGUGAUUAUGAAGAGGCGGCACGAUGAGCAAGCGCAGACCGAGAGGGUUGACUCGGCGGAGACUUUGAGUGGAACAUCCGAGAGGCAUUGGAUUGUUCACAAUUUACAGAUGACAAGAUCAAAAGCAAAACGGUUGCUAGUAAACACUUUUUUCCCUUUUUUUUAUAUUUUAUUUUUAUUUCGGGUCGGCGGGAAACGAUGCUUUUGCAACCUAGGCAGGCUUUUGGAAUGCGAUACCCUCAAUUACAACACGAUUAAGGACCUUGUUCCAAGAUUGGCCUGGGUGCGGGGCUGGAACUUGGUGCUUUCAGACAAAGAACAAUCGUGAUUCUGUGCAACGGCAUU